AUGUCACUUUUAAUUGAGCCAACCACCGUUUCGUCUUUCGAAGUACUUCGGCCCUAUUCCACGCUUCUCCAACCCCAUAGCGUUUCUUCUAAUUCGUUAAACACCCUCACUUUCAACAACGAAGUUAGAAGUACCAAUUCAUCAUCAGUGCCUGCAGAUCCUGAGCAUAAGAAGCUGCUAAUGAUUGUCCUUAGAGCAGAAGAUUGUUCUAGAUUCUCUAAAGCCGACUUCGAGAAGAUAUUGGAAAAAUUAAUGGUGAAACUCGGAUUUGGUGAUGUUGUCCCAGAAAUAUCAAACGCGAAGUGCUAUGCUCACUUGAAUAUCAAUGUCACCGUUGGAGCUGGUGCACCAACACUGCGCUUCCUUCCGAAUAUUGACGGAAAAAAUAACAUAACGGUUGACAUCUUAAACAGGACAUUUAGAGUAGUUAAAUUAGAAAAAGUUGACCUCAAGCUUGAAAAGACAAAACCUUCUAAUUCUUCGUCCGCCAUAAUCAAUGCCGUGCCAUACGCGGAGGCUGUAGCAUAUACAUGCGUAGGAGUGAUGUUUGGCCUAUUUUUGUGCAUUUUGAUAAUUAUGUUUUGGAUGAAAAUAUGUUUCCCUAUGGAUGGAGCAAAGAAACGGUUUGGCAUACAGAAGAGCAACCACGUCAGGCUUCGUCCAGAAGACUACACUUUAACACCUAUUCCUCGCCCAACUUCCUUAUAUGUUGAUUAUUACAGAGGAUCUGCUGCGGCAGAUAUUUAUUCCACGACUUCAGCUGGGUCUGUUGCCAGCACGACACCCACAGUCGAACAGGGUGUCAUUCAUCCAUUCGAUACCAGUAUUGUUCCAUUAGAAGAUUCUUCAGCUCUUCCAUUAGACAAUUCUCGUGAUUUGCCGGUGCCUGCUAAAUCGGACCUUAAAACUUUCAACAUCCAAAGCCUUUCUGGUAAAGGACUACGAAGUCUAGGUACAGAUUCGAAAGAGCAAUUGCAUUCCAAACGAAACGUCAAAAGAAGUGACCUGAAAGCUAGCGGAGUUGCCAAUCCCACAUUCCAACGUUAUUGA